AUGUCUGGAAACCUAUGGUCAAUCCCUCUCCAAACCACAAACUUCAACAUAGUCGUCGCCUUUCUCGGCGGUUUCAUAUCAGUCUUCGGCCUCGUAUCGUACCUCCUCAAAGAAAACUACUAUCUCUCCGAAGCCCUUAUCUCUCUCUUGGCAGGCGUUGCAUUUGGUCCUCAUGGCGCAAACUUCAUUCGUCCAAAGGACUACGCCGAGUGCGCCGAGUUUCCUGAGUCGUGCGAUUUUGACCUCAAUGCUAUAACGCUCAACUUUAGCCGCCUGGUUCUCGGUGUGCAGCUUGUCCUUGCAGGCGUGCAGUUGCCGAGUAAAUAUCUCGUGAGAGAAUGGAAAUCACUUAGUUUGCUGCUUGGGCCUGGUAUGACUUGUAUGUGGCUUGCCACGAGUCUGCUUGUAUGGGCGCUUGCAGGCCAGCCGCCGUUUUUACAUGCCCUUGCUAUUGGAGCCUGCGUCACACCCACAGAUCCUGUUCUCAGUGCAGUUAUUGUCAAGGGAAAGUUUGCGGAUCAUAACAUUCCGCAGGAUCUUCAGUAUCUCAUCACUGCUGAGUCAGGUGCCAACGAUGGACUGGGCUAUCCGUUUCUCUUCUUGGCGCUCUAUCUCAUCAAGUUCACAGGUGCUGGCGCCACAUCUGGUGGAGCAGCUGAUGCUAUGGGGCUGUGGUUUGGUAUGACCUGGGGUUAUACCAUCCUUCUCAGUGUAAUCUACGGCGCUGUCGUGGGAUGGGUCGGAAAAGAGCUGCUUCACUUUGCUGAAAAGCAUAACUACGUUGAUCGCGAAAGCUUCCUCGUCUUCGCCAUCGCCCUAGCACUCUUCGUCCUAGGAACAUGCGGUAUGGUCGGUACAGACGAUGUCCUGGCAUGCUUCAUCGCCGGUAACACAUUCACAUGGGACGACUGGUUCCGUCUCGAGACGAAAGACGACUCUCUCCAACCUACAAUCGACAUGCUCCUCAAUGUCACCAUAUUUCUCUGGUACGGAGCCUACAUCCCCUGGAGAGACUUCCACGACAACUCUGUUAUUCCUCUGUGGCAGCUUGUCGUUCUGGGGAUUUGUGUUCUGGUUCUGAGGCGACUCCCGUGGGUGUUUGGCAUGCACAAGUGGAUUCAUCAGAUCGAGGAGGUCAAGCAGGCUAUCUUCGUAGGCUUCUUUGGACCGAUUGGUGUUUCGGCAGUAUUUUAUCUCUUCAUCAGCCUGGAGUUCAUCGAGAAACAUCUUAGUAAUGAGGAUGGCCGUCCGAGGAGCGAUGUUAAGAAUCUUGGAGACCAGACGCGGAUCAUCGUCUGGUUCCUUGCAGUUUGCAGUAUUAUCGUUCAUGGCUUGAGUAUCCCAGUUGGAAAACUGGGCUUCCACGCACCCAGGACAUUGAGCCGUGUGGUCAGCGAAAGUCUGAGCGAUGCUCCAGCGGGUGGACGUCGACGAAACAUCCCCUUCAUCGGGAGGUAUUUCUUUGGACCAGAUAAGAAAGAUGCACGUCCGCCUACUGGUCCAAUUGUCAUUACUGGUGCUCAAAGAAUGCGCUCAGAGCUACCGGUCCAUGCUGGGGAUGAGACACCUCCAAUUAGACGAGAGAUACAGUUCGCCGAUGAGGUGAGAUAA